AUUGACGAGGCCUUCAACCUGGUGAUCGAUGCCAUCUUCGGCUUCAGUUUUAAGGGGGCGGUGCGAGAGCCUUUUGGUUCCAUCAUCGAUGUCCUGAAGGAGACCACUGUGCCCGUUGCUAGCAUCGACAUCCAUUCAGGUUGGGAUGUGGAGCAGCGGAGCGUCGACGGAUUGCACCCCGACACGCUCAUCUCACUCACCGCUCCUAAAAACUCUGCCACCCUUUUCAAGGGACGCCAUCACUUCCUGGGAGGCCGCUUUGUGCCACCAGCUUUGGAGAGGAAGUACUAGCUCAAUCUGCCCCGCUACCCCGAAACUGACUGUGUGUUAAAAUGAUAAGAUUUGGUUCCUGAAAUGGUUCCUAACAUGCUUUAACCGUUUUAGAAUGCAAUAAAGAAAAUACUUCAUGAAAAGACUCAGCCACAGAAAACUACUAAAUCAUGACUUGGCUCCACAUUCUGUGUAAUUACAUUCUGCUGUAUGCACACUGGCUCCGUUUUGCUCCUCUUAUUUAUUGUGUUAUUUGUUUAUUUAUUAUUUAUUCAUCACUCUUAUUAUUUAUUGUUUGUGCCUUCUUGUUUUUCUAUUGUGUCGUUUACUUGUAUGUCUAUCGUGUACUAUGUCUCGCCAACGUGGGAUAGAGGAAAGGUUAUUUCGGUUUCUUUGUGUGUCUUGACAUGUGAAGAGAUUGACAAUAAAGCAGACUUUGACUUUGAUGGACUUCAGCUCCAAAAGAAUAAAUUGGUGAAGCAACACAUGUAGAUAAAUAACAAUACUCCUAGGCAAAUAUUCUUUAUCCUCUAUGAGGAGUGACACAAAUAGACAGGAUUGACAUAUAACACAAGUUUCCAAUGAGCUAAAUGAGAACGUUCUGUGACAAUCAAAACUAUCCAGACUUCCUUUUGGGUAUUCUUCAUUGAUGAUGAAAGGCUAGAAUGAGGAACAGUCACAUUGAGAUUCUAUUGAGUCAAAUCAGCCAGGCAAAGCAUGAUGAAACAAUAAUGUGACACUAGAUUUCGUUGGAAGUAGAGGAGGAAUCUGAAAGUAAUGACGACAGGAAAAGGGAAGUCUGGCCUGAUGUGCAACGCUAGACAGAUAACAUGUUAGCAAAAUUAGUAUGGCGUGAUAUAUUCUCACGCACUGUGUGAUAUUCAAUACAUGUGUGAAUAUUCUCAAACAUUUGAGCACCUCCAAAAAAUAUUUCAGAAGUGCGUAUUAAACAGGUCAGUCUCCAAAAACUAGGUCCUUCAUCUGGUCCUUAAAGUAGCUUCUAAUGUAUGACUCACAUUACAGUCGAGAAAAUGUGGCUAUUAUUCUUUUUAAAUGAGUGAUUAAACUCUGAGAGGAAGAUUGGAACUAAUUACAAUGAAGGUUGUCUCAUGGUUUUCCAUUUCAUUAUUUUGUAUUGAGAAACAAACAUUUACAGCGAUAUAAGGUAAAUCAAAUGUAUUUAAAUUUAUUUUUAAAAGCAGAUUAAAUGUAAAAAUUUGAUGAAAUAUAAAUAUUCAAAAGUACUUUUAGAAAUAUUAACUAAAAUUGAAUAUCUGAUUCAUUGAUGUUAUGUACAACUGAUGAGAACUAAAGUGCGGGGUUACCAAAAAAAAAAGAGUGUAAUAUCGGUUUCAUCAGUAUAAAAUUGAAACCGGAAGGUAUUAGGAAAUCCCUGCGGUCAGUAGAAUAUAUAACGGCUGUGCAAUGAGAAGUCAAGACAUGUUCCACGAGAGCAGGCGGUCAAGGCAAGAGUAAUCUCGACGCAACAUGCCCAACAUGUACACGCAAAUUCUCGCGGUGGGCUUGGUGGCUUUUCUAGUCCUGCGAGCUAAUGGCGCUCCGUUGACAGAAGCGACCACCGUCUUGCCAUCAAGCGACACCUCAAGUGAGGAGGAAACGGCGCCCUCUGACCUGCUGACCUCUGCUCAUGUUUUGGACUCGGUUCUGGGUACCGCUAAAGAACACCAGAAAGCUUUUGAUGAUGAAUUCCAAAACAAUGUCAACUUUCAUUUACUGGAGCACUACAAAGCACCUCAGUUUCCAGCAAACUGCCCCAGCUCCAACUUUAGCAAGGAGGCUUGCCUGCACAGGCUGGCCCAAGGUCUGUCCACUUACAUAAUUCUUCUCAAGCACGUGGAGAAGGAAUAUCCCGGCAGUAAAAUUCUGUCUGAGGCCAAACACUACUCUGUACUCCUGCUCUACAAUAUCAAACAAAAGGUUGGCCAGUGUGACAAUUUAGGGAUAGGAAAUGAAUUUUGCUGUUACUAUGAUACCUAUUUUGACAUUGUGUUGCUUACUCUUGUCCGGCAGAUGAAAAAACCAGAAGAGGUCACAGGCCUGAGUAGCAAUGAGGAAGAGAGCCUAUUGAGGUCACUGUACCACCCCGAUGCUUUCCACAGAAAGAUGACGGCGCACAACAUCCUGCGGAAUCUCUACAUCUUCAUUGUUGACGGCAAGAGGGCGCUGAGGCGCAAAGAACGGCGAAGGGGAAAACGUGCCAAGGUCUUCGCCAUGUUUAGUUUAUUGCGGUAGUCACGUCCGCCACUGAAGCCCGUCGGAAAUGUUGGGCAAAACAUGAAGUGAAUUAAGGAAGUUCUUGUAUCUGCACUGACGUGUCGUAACCCACUGACGGAUUGAUGAUGUAUUUGUUUUUUAUUUAUUCUGUAGAUAACCUAUUUAUUGCUCAUUCAAAAAAGCCAUUGUGAAUCUAAGACCUUAUUUGUUGCAAACAGUCGUAUGAAUUAUUUAAAGAAGAUAUUUAUUACAUAUUAUUGUUUUUAUACUUGAAGGCAUGAUAAUUAUAUUUAUUUUUUAAACUGAAUGUAUUUUUAAAACAUGAAUAAAACUAUUUGCUUACUUAUGAAUUGAACUGCUUGAUUUAUAACACUUUGGCAGGUGUCUUUUGAGAAUUUCACUUAUUAGAUUGAACUACAGAAAUCUCUUUUUAUGAGAUUCAAAUACAUCGUAUAUAUAUAUUUGCAAAACAGAAAUAUCGUAAGGCCACUUAUGGGCUUUACUGUCAAA